CACUCCCCCUGCAAUGUGCUGCCUGCCUCUGUGCAGCGGGGCAGGGCUCUGUGAGUGGCUGAUCCGGAGCUGACAUCACUGGGGCCAGCUGUUGAUUUGGCGCUGUCUCUGGGGCUGGGCGAGUCAGUGGCUCUGUCGGGCACUUUGGUUACUGACGUGCUCUGGCAGGUAGACGCGCGCGCACCCACACUCUUCCUCAUGAACCCACGAAGAGAGGAGGCUGCGUGAGGCUGACGCCGGGCAGCCCGUAGCUCCAAGCAGCCCAACGCUAGCCGUAGGGGGGCGGGGGACCAUGGAGAGUAAACCUCCAGCAGCCCGCAAUGGACCUGAUGAGGGCUGCUAUGUGGCAGGUCUGGGAGGGGCAUGAGCAGGUCAGAGGGCAGCGCCACAGAGGCCGUUUGGACCUGGGCCGCAGAGACUCCGAGCCGGUGCUAAGGACAUGGGCCUCUCCCCCAGAGCUAGUGGCAGGCUCAGCAGCGCGACACGUCAGCGACCCGACCCCGCGGGGCAACAGGACGGCAGCAGGGUUGAAACAGACCCCGGGUUCACCCCCCGCCCUGUCGGACGGCACCACCCCCGGAGGAACCACAGCUCCAGCAACACUGAGUCCCCAGUCAUAGCAGCAGUGUUGUGUAGAGGCUCUCAGUAGGCUGGGUGUCUGAUGAGGAUGUCUGAUAUUGUCACUAUAAAGGCCUUCGGUAACACUGACACUGAGAAGAUGAAGGUUUUUGAGCCCGGAGUGGAGCUGGAGGUUUCAGACUCAGCCGACACAACGUCGCUGGGAGGAGAGAGCAGCAAGACGGGGAACCAGGAAGAGGCCGAGAGCCUGCUGCUUGAACACACUGAGACUGGCGUCAAAGAUGAAAGCUGCUGUGACAACAAGAGGGAAACACAAAUCCAGCAAUCUUCUCUCUCUCCUGGACAGCCAGUACGGCGCUCUAAGUCUAACUCUAAACUGAAGUUAGUCCGAAGCCUGGCUGUUUGUGAGGAGUUCUCUUCUCCCCCUCCACCUGAACAUCUAGAAAACCCUCAGGAUACAGUUUGCAUCCAAAUAUCCCAGCCCUUUGAUAAGGAGGUGCUGUCUGCCAAGGAUGAGGACGAAAAAGAGAAGAGCUGUGAAAAGGUUGAGAAACCAGAGAAGAGCUGUGAAAAGGUUGAGAAACCAGAGAAGAUGCCCAGGAAAAUGCUGUCAAGAGAUUCCAGCCAGGACUACACAGACUCUACCGGUAUAGAUCUGCAUGAGUUCCUGGUCAACACGUUAAAGAACAACCCUAGGGAUAGAAUGAUGCUCUUGAAGUUGGAGCAAGACAUUCUGGAUUUUAUCAGUAAUAAUGAAAGCCAGAAAAGGAAAUUUCCUCCCAUGACAUCGUACCACAGAAUGCUGCUUCAUAGAGUGGCCGCCUACUUCGGGAUGGAUCACAAUGUUGAUCCCACCGGGAAGUCUGUCAUCAUCAACAAAACUAGCAAUACAAGAAUACCAGAUCAAAAAUUCUCAGAACACAUAAAAGAUGACAAAACCGACGAUUUCCAGAAACGCUACAUUCUCAAAAGAGACAACUCCAGCUUUGACCGAGAGGAUGGCAUGAUACGAAUGCGCCUCAAAGACGACAGGAGAAGCAAAUCUAUCGAGGAGAGGGAGGAGGAGUACCAAAGAGCCAGGGACAGGAUAUUUGCACAAGAUGGUGAACAUUACCAUCUAGAUAGAAGGGUCCAAGAUGAAGAGGCUUGUAUUAGCACACAGCAACGGAGGCAAAUCUUCAGACUAAGAGACGGGCGGUCAGCCAGCAGUCGGCAGAGCAGCUCAGAAAACGAGCCCAAGUACUCUGACCCCCGGCCGUGGAGCAGCACCGACUCGGAGAGCUCCAACCGGAACCUGAGGCCAGCUAUGACCAAGGCCAGCAGCUUCAGCGGAAUCUCCGUUCUCAUCAGAGGGGACAGCUCUGCAAGCAGCAAAAGCCCCGGACGCCUCUCCAAAACAGGUUCGGAGUCUUCUAAUAGCGUAGGUUCCUCUACGAGUUCUCUCUCUCGCCCCCAAGUACUACACCUGCCUCUCCCAAUCCCUGUGGCACCUAGCCAGGCGGCCGGCCCCGUCGUUGGCCCCGGCACCGCCCAGCCUCAGCCUGCUGCCCCCUGCUACCCCAUCUCUGCUGCUAUGGCCCCCGGCAGUAGAGCUACUUCUGGGCACUAUGAGAGAGGCAGGAGUGGUCAAGGCCCCGGCUCAGCGCCAACCCAGACCACUGCUAAUGCUAGCUACUAUUUGCUUCCUCUGGAAGCCACAGGGAUACCUCCUGGCAGCAUACUGGUCAACCCUCAAACAGGCCAACCGUUUGUGAACCCUGAUGGCAGUGCGGUGGUUUACAACCCCUCGGUGACCUCACAGCAGUCACUGGCCCCUCCCCCAGCCCCACACCCGCCAGCGAAUCACAUCCUUUCCCAGCCUGUUCGGCAUCUCCUGCCCUCGGCUCCUCAGCAGAUCCAGUACUCAACCGUCUCUUACCCUCCUCCUCCUCAGUUCCUGCCACUCUCCCCUAACCAACAGCAGCUAUACACUGUGCCGGACGGCCUCGGUGUCCAGUUCAGCCACAUCAGCCUGGUUCACCAGGCGCCAGCCGACGGCCCUCCUGCCCCCGACAGCGGCGCCAACCCCACCGUGUACCAGCCUAGCCCGGUGGUGCUCCAGGGGCCGCCCCCGCAGCAUCAGCCGACGGGCUACAUAGUGGCCCCCGCCACAGGGCAGCCUGCGGCGGGGCAACCCCAGGCCUACCCAACCCCCGGUCCAGGCGCGGCGGCGAGCCAGGGAGUGCUGCAGCAGCCGGGCUACAUGCCGCAACCGCCGCAGAUGCAGCAGAUCCAGACGUGUUACUGCGUUCCAGGCCAGUAUCCCCACUCUCACUCCAGCCAGUACUACCGGCCUGUUAACCCCGUCCACUACAGCCCCCAGAACCAGCCCCUUGCUCAGCCGCCACAGCAGCCAGGUAGACACACGCGCACACGCCCCGGAAAAGACGUAGAAACGCGGGAAAGGUGUCGCACGGGAUACCAGGCUGUGAUGUCAAAUCAGCCCCAGAACUACCACCACAGUGUAAUGGGAGGACCGCAGUCUCACCAGUCUCACCAGUCUCACCACUCUCACAACCUAGUGGGCAGCCAGCAGCACAGCAAUAUGGGAAGCCACAUGCAAGGCAUGAUGGUCCAGUACCCUUCUAUGCCUUCAUAUCAGGUGUCCAUGCCCCAGGGUUCUCCCAGCAUGCCCCAGGGUUCUCCCAGCAUGCCCCAGGGUUCUGCCAGCAUGCCCCAGCAUCAGCCGACCUAUCAGCAGCCCAUUGUGAUCCAGGGCCACCCAAGCCAAGGUGCGAUGACCAUGGCUGGCAUGCAGGUCUACUACAGCGUCAUGCCACCCCAUCAACAUGGCACCAUGAGCUCGUCCAUGGGGUUUCUACCUCCUCCUGGUUCGGAGCAGAUGCAGUUUCCCCGGGCCUCCUCUCCGUGCGGGACCCAGCAGCUCCCCGGACAGCAAUGUACAGGUGUGCACCCCCCUCACGGCAGUGGUGUGAUGAUGAUGCAACUCACCCUCCCGGCUAACCACCACCCCCCAGCCCCCUCCCCGCCCCAGUGGAAACUCAGCAGACACUACAGCCUGGACCACGCACGCAGCCAGAGGUCCUCAGAACCACUCCACCUGGAGAACUCACAGAACAGCCCCGGCACGUCCCCGGCCCAGUCUCCGGCCCCGGUCCACCACCUCACCUCCAUGAAGAGCCUCCGCUCUGCUGGCCUCACUCCUAUCCCCAUUAUGGCCCAGUUCCCCAGAGCCUUGGGCCCCGGGCAGGCAGGGGAUGUCAGGUACCCUCUUCUGGGUCAGCCUCUCCAGUACAACCCUCCCAUCCGGCCACCGCUGCUCCACGGAACGCACCACAUGAUCCCUAACCAGCAGCCGGGCCCAAUGGGGAUCCGGCAUCAUGGAGGACGAGGAGGGAGGAGACCGGCGCCCAGGAAGUCCUUAUCUACAGAUCUCAGUGUAGGUGAGCCAGUGAAUGGUCGCGUCCUGGAGGUGCUGGACCUACCAGAGGGCAUCAGCAGAACCGAGGCCGACUCUCUUCUGGUUGAACUGUGCAAAAGAGGGGCUUCCAUCAAAUGGCUGUCUGAGCCCCAACAGACUCCACAGCCUGGGAACCAUUGUGGUGGGUCUGGGGGGGACGGUAUAAACAGUGACACGAACACUGACACUUCAUGUUCCAAACCACCCUGUGGUAACCACGGCGACCUAGCCUCCACCUACACCAUCCUGGCCGUGUUCCCCUCCAGGUGCGCAGCUCAGAACGCCCUGCUCCGACACAGUGACCCCAGUUCUAGUCCCAUCCUGACCACCACUGCGUUCAAACUGCGAACCAGCAAGAGACACACUGAUGAGUUUCAGCACCUGGAGAGGACCAGUUCUCAAUAGCAGGGAAGGGGGAGGGGCUGUCUGUUAGGGCCCCCAAGGGGUAACUCACCAUGGUCCUCGGCAUGGCCGCUUCAGCCCCCGCCACCACGUCUUUCAUUGCUGCCACCAACCCACCGAUUGGACCCCCCCCAGCCAGUGUCACUCGCUUGUCUUCAAUAACCACAGGGCUACGUUGGCAUUACCUGAACUGUUUCUUUCACUUGAGUUGUAGAAGCUUUUUUUGGGAUCGUGUUAAUGUCUUAGCAGUGUUCUCCACUUUCUGAGAUGAUAAUGCAACAUGUAAAAAUGAUCCAACAAACACAAUGUUGAAACACAUAUAUAAACCCAGAAGGAAAAACACAAGAAUUAAGUUCCAAAUGUUUGGUGUUAUUUUCUUUGCAGACCGACUUAACUUGGCUUUAAGAUCAUAUCGAAGAGCAUGAUUUUGUGUUUUUUUUUUGUGUUGUUUUUUAAAGCUGCGGUGAGAAGACCCAAAGUGGGUUUCACUCAUUCAUUACAAGAGGAGAAUAUACCAAGUGUGUUUGCCAUUGGAGAAGUCUCUUCAGGACUGAUUCUCAUUUGAGGUCUGCGACGGGUAGAAUUCAAAUUUCCCAUUGACAUCAGUGCUUGAUGUACAGUACACAAACGCCUAAAUUGAAAAAUCGAGGGAAGAGUUGCCCUGUGGAGUCAAGUCUCAUGUUAAUCAGUUAGUGUGAAAUGUGAACAUCAGAUUAUGGCGUCUUCUAGAACAAAACUGGCAAACUGGACCCUGUUUCCUGUAGUGCACAAGGUUUUACCAGGUCCAUAUUGACUAUGUGGUCAAAAUGAGUGCACUAAAUGGGGAAUAGGGUCCCUGUUUGAGAGUCAACCCAACAGAAUGGUUUUCUUUUUGUGCCUUCUAACUCUACUCUGGUGUCCGUCACUCUUCCACACACACUUUGAAGACAAGACACCUCCUCCAUGGCAUCUGUAUGCUCUGACCCUUUCAUUCACAUCCAAACAUCACUGAUACGGUAGCUAAAUCAUUAUUCUGUCACUUUUCUACACGGUGAAUGUUAUCUUUGCACUGGCACAAGGGAAAAAUGUUAGUUCGCUUUUGUUUGUGGGGGGGAGGGGGGGUUGUGUUUUUUCUUUCUUUUUGGUUUUUAAGUUAAAAUAUGAGAUGAGAAGCCUGGGUCUAUCUCAUUGAUAUUAUAUUCUAUUCUAAAAUGAAUGUCCCCCCCAAAACUCUCCUAGCCUUCUGUGUGGUCAAACCCAUUCCCUGUUUCCCUCCACAACAUGGCCAGGCCAAAUUCCUUUCAUAUUUAAAUCAUGUUGUUUAUUUCCUAUAAUAAGGGUCACUGGAUAAAGUGCACAUCAUUCACACACAGAAAAACCUCCCCUACCCUAACAGAUUUCUAUUUAAGAUUUGUGGAUUCAUGAGAAAUGUACAGUCCCCUGGUGCAGGUUUGUUUUUAUUUCUGUUUGAAACCAAUAAAUGUUUACACCAAACAAUA